CGGGUUUCCUGUUUUUCGCUUCGACGCGGGUGAAGGGUGGUUAAGGUUUGGGCUCGAGCGAAUCCAUUGAGAGGUAGACGAUUCUCUCUCUAUUUCAACACUUUAAAACACAGAAAAACGUUCGUUGACUUGACAACAGAUUCGUUAAUGUCGCAAAGAUGAGUCUUGGGAGGUAAACUAUUACCGAAUGCACUCGAAAUCUCUUGAGUGUUCAAUAGGUGCCAGGUGUGUCCUGCUGAGGAGGACCCAGUGGAGGCAGCAGAGAGUACCCCUCAGACAGAGCCCAGAGAGGCUGCAUCACCCGACAUUGAACCAGAACCCCAGGAGGAGCCAGAGCCCCAGAGGGCCUCUCCAUCCCCUCGUUCAAGCCCAGAGCCAGAGCGAUUCAAGACAGUAGAGCCUGAACCUAAACCAAAGGCCCAGGAUGCCAAAGUAGCACCUGAACCGGUGACCCAACAACCACAGGAGGAGUGGAAGACUGUAGAGGAGGGCGACUGUGGUAUUAAGUAUUUGCUCAUUAUAAUACAACAGUUUUUAUGUUUGAAAGGAGAAUAUUGUAAUCACAUUUUAAUGCAUAUCUUCUAUCUUGGUUUGUAACUUGGUUUGCAAGUCCCAUGAUGGACCUGGCCAAUCUUUUCUCUUCGGAGAAUGCAGUGACCACAACAUGUGUGUGCCUGCAUUUUGCUUGGGUGCGUGCAUUCAUGCUCUCGCACAGUGCUAUCUGAUGACAGACAAUGUGACUGAAGAAGCUCACGUCAGAGUGUUCAUUUGGAUGAGUGUUGUCUUGUGCUGCCUGACUGACGGUGCUGUGCUCUCCUCCCCUGCCAGCUGCGAUGCAGUAAAGAGCUGUCUCAUGCGUAUUCCUCACGCGCCUGCCUGCCUCAACAGCUUCAAUAACCUGCUGAAAGAGUACAACAUCACCACUCCUAAACUUCCCCCCAUGCCCCAGCUCCCCACCAACCUCUCCCAGUUCACUUCCCAGGUCACCCAGCUAAUGCCCUCUCUCCCCCCAGAACUCUCCCAAGAGUUCUUCCAGUACUCUCGGCCAUUCACCCAAAUGUCCCAGCGUGUCUCCCAACUGCCCCAACAGAUGUCCCAACUGCCCCACCAGCUCCAAGUUUAAAUACCUCAGCAGUUACCUGGUCUACCCACCAACCUACUCCAGCAGUUAUCCAGCUUACCCCAAACCCUGGCCAAUCUUCCCAGCCAGAUACACAACUUACCUCAGCGAGUGGGAUAGUCCUACACCAACGUGCAGAACCGCCUGAACAGCCUUAAGCCCCAGGAUGCCUAAGCAGCAGCAGCAAAACCGGGACCUGGAGUUGGACCGCCUGGUCCGCCAGGUCCCUCUCCAACACCACCCUCCGACUCACAGCCCCUCACCGUCCUCCCCCAACAGUACCCUAGAGCUGCCCAACGUGCCCUCCUACCCCCGCCUGCCACCCAUUAGCCUGUCCAGGCACCUGUCAGGGCUUUUCAACCCCACCUUCCACAUCGAGGACGACCCCACGUCCGCUCUACCCUCAGUGAGCUCCAGGCUCAGUGUGCACCCAGCUGUCAGUGUGGAGGAUGUGGAUUCCGGCGGAGAGGGAGGAGGGGGCAGAGGGGAGCACCACUGCCAUCACAUUCCCCAAAUCCUUACCCUACAGGACCCCAACUUCAAGACCCUGACCGUACCCGGAGUGUCCAAAACCAGCCGUCAGAGUGAGAAGAAACCCAAGAAUAUCUGGACCAAUAUAAAGAAGUUGUACUCUCAGAGUGAGGAUGAAGAGGAGAUGGAGAUCGCAGUGAGGGCAUGGCCUAGCCAGUCCAGCAUCCUCAGUGGAGACGAUGGGCUAAAGGAGCGCCCUGCGUCUUCCGCUAGCCAGGCCAGCUACAUGGUGAACGAGCGCCUACAGGAGCUGGUCAAGAUGUUUAAGGAGAGGACAGAAAGGGCCAAAGAGAAACUCAUAGAUCCAGAUCACUCUGAUGAUGACAGUCCAACUGCCUCCCCUGCGAGAGCUCCAACACCACCUCCUGCGCCUCCAGAGGAGCCGAAGGAGGAGGAGAUAGAGGAGCAGCAACCCAAGCCUAGAUUAUGCUGCAAGGUGAUGCCUCCUCGCUGGAUCAGAGCUCUGCUGCACUACCGCUUCCCCGCUAGCAUCGACCCCUUCACCAAUCUGGUCUAUGUGCUGUGGCUGUUUUUCGUCACCUUGGCGUGGAACUGGAACAUGUGGCUUAUCCCGGUGCGCUGGGCCUUCCCCUACCAGACCCCCAGUAACAUCUACCUGUUUCUACUCACUGACUAUCUGUGUGACCUCAUCUACAUCCUGGACAUCCUGGUCUUCCAGCCCCGCCUGCAGUUUGUCCGCAGUGGAGACAUAGUGUUUGACAAAAAGGACAUGAGAGUGAAUUACAUGAAAACCUUCCGGUUCAAGAUGGAUGUCAUCAGUCUUGUUCCACUGGAGUUGUUCUAUUUUAAAACUGGGAUCAACCCACUCCUCCGCUUCCCACGACUACUAAAGAUAAUGUCUUUCUUUGAGUUCAACGACCGUCUUGAGGGCAUCCUUACCAAAGCCUACGUUUACAGAGUGAUCCGGACCACCACCUACCUGCUGUACUGCCUGCACUGUAAUGCCUGUCUGUACUACUGGGGCUCUGCGUAUGAAGGUCUGGGCUCCACGCAGUGGGUCUAUGACGGACAGGGCAACAGUUACAUCCGCUGCUACUACUUUGCUGUGAAGACCCUGAUCACCAUUGGUGGACUGCCAGACCCCACAACGCUCUUUGAAAUCAUCUUUCAGCUCAUAAACUACUUUGUUGGAGUGUUUGCCUUUUCCAUCAUGAUUGGACAGAUGAGAGAUGUGGUUGGUGCAGCCACAGCAGGACAGACGUACUACAGAGCAUGCAUGGACAACACUGUCAAAUACAUGGCCUCCUACCGUAUCCCUAAAGACGUGCAGAACCGGGUUAAAACCUGGUACAACUACACCUGGCAGUCCCAGGGCAUGCUGGAUGAACAGGAGCUUCUGGUUCAGCUCCCAGACAAGAUGAGGCUGGACAUCGCUGUGGAUGUCAACUAUGACAUUGUCAGUAAAGUGUCUCUCUUCCAGGGUUGCGAUAGACAGAUGAUCUUUGACAUGCUGAAGAGACUGAGGUCUGUUGUUUACCUCCCAGGGGACUAUGUCUGCAAAAAGGGUGAAGUUGGGCGGGAAAUGUACAUCAUCAAAGCCGGAGAGGUGCAGGUGGUGGGCGGGCCAGAUGGGAAGACUGUGUUUGUCACACUGAGGGCGGGAUCAGUGUUUGGGGAAAUCAGCUUGCUAGCAGUUGGUGGAGGGAACAGGAGAACAGCAAACGUGGUGGCUCAUGGCUUCGCCAACCUGUUCAUCCUGGACAAGAAGGACCUCAAUGAGAUUCUAGUGCAUUACCCCGAGUCCCAGAAGCUGCUCCGCAAGAAGGCCAGGAAGAUGCUCACGAAAGAUAAGAAGCCUCAGAAGGAGCCGGCCCAGGUGAUCCCUCCUCGAACAGUCACGCCCAAGCUAUUCAAAGCUGCUCUGGAUGUGGCGCAUCAGAAAACAGGGCUCAAAGGGACCCUCUCCAAGAUUAAGGAGAAGAUCAACAAAUCCAGCGUUUCUCUACAGCCCUCCAUGUCCUCCUCCCUGCCUCCCUUGUCCCCAGUCUCUCCAGUCUCCAGUCUGGACCCAGAGCGCAAGGCUGACGCCACGUCACCAACCUUAGACAGCUCCACGCUGCUCUGCCCCGUCUCCCAUUGUCACGGAGAUGAGACACUCUCCAAGGAGCAGGGCCAUGUGGAGGGAGAAGUUGCAGCAGAGAGUGGGAAGAAGAAAGAAAAGAGAAAGGCAUGAGUUGUCUCCGAAAGCUGUCUUCAUGUGGAGAAAGGGAUGCACUUUUUUGUCCCUCUGUACUCUACUGCAGAGAGGGAGACCAGAGAGAGAAGAGCCAUGGUUCCUAAAGAUCAUCCAAUUAUGUCUCAAGAGUCACAGACUCAGUUUCUGUUCCUUUAUACCCAUAGACUCUUAUUUUAGCUAACCCUUUGAUACUCAGUACACUGAGUUUACCAAAUUUGGAACACCUUCCUAAUAUUGAGUUCAACCGCCCCCUUUCACCCUCAGAACAGACUCAAUUUUUCAUGGCAUGGACUCUACAAGGUGUCGAAAGCAUUCCACAGGGAUACUGGCCACUGUUGACUC